AUGGCCAUCACUUGCUGGGAAAUUUGGAAGGCCAGGUGCAAGGGUGUCUUCCAAUCUCUCAUCCCUUCCCCAGCCCGUACCAUUAUUACAAUUGAGUUCAAUCAAUCCAUCUUCCUAGAGGCGGAUCAAGUGAAUAGAGCUCAACGGGACUCUAGCGGGGCUAACAUAUAUGGGUGGCAACCUCCCCCUCCGGGGAUCAUAAAGGUAAAUGUGGACGCUAGCAGGAAGAAGGUAGAUGGCUUCUGCCAUAUUGGGGAGGUGAUUCUGGACUUUGAUUCCCAGUGCUUGGCAGUUAGGAGGCGGCGGAUCAGAGCCAUAACUGUCCAAUUGGGGGAAGUGUUGGGAGUGCUAGAAGGUUGCUGCAUGGCAAGACAGAUGGGGUUCUCCCACAUUGUGAUUGAGUCGGACUCUAAAGGGAUCAUUGAAUCGCUGAAUGGAUGUAUUGAGCAAGGGGCUUGGGAAUUGUUCCCUGUUCUUGGUAAGAUACGGAGCGAAUAUGGGUCCUUUGUUUCUUAUGACUGGUCUUGGGUGCUAAGAUCAGCUAACAAAGCGGCGGAUUAUGUGGCGUCAUAUACUGGGGCGAAGAUGUGCGACUUUGUCUAG